ACAGACAACAUGAGCAACACCGGCAUGAACAUGAGGGGAAAGGUCACCUUCUACGAGGAGAGGAACUUCCAGGGCCGCCAGUACGAGUGCAUGAGCGACUGCUCCGACAUGUCCUCCUACCUGAGCAGGUGCCACUCCUGCAGGGUGGAGAGCGGCUGCUUCAUGGUCUACGACAGGCCCAACUACAUGGGCAACCAGUACUUCAUGAGGAGGGGCGAGUACGCCGACUACAUGAGCAUGAUGGGCAUGAGGGACUUCAUCAAGUCCUGCCGCAUGAUCCCCAUGCACAGGGGCCAGUUCAGGAUGAAGAUCUACGAGAGGGAGAACUUUGGAGGCCAGUCACAUGAGCUGAUGGACGACUGCGACAACGUCAUGGACCGCUACCGUAUGUCCGACUGCAUGUCCUGCAGCGUGAUGGACGGCCACUGGCUGAUGUACGAGCAGCCCCAGUACCGGGGCAGGAUGAUGUACAUGAGGCCCGGAGAGUACAGGAGCUUCAGGGACAUGGGCAUGAGCGGCACCAGGUUCAUGAGCAUGAGGCGCAUCACCGACUCCUGCUACUAG